AUGGACAUCAAUUCACUUCUUUCUCCGUCCGACAAUCCUCGCGCCAAUUCUCUCACUCCUUCAACUGGCACUCCGAGUCUCACGAAUUCGCAUUCGGCGUCGACUACCAAUUCGCUUUCGCAGUCACAGUCACAGCCGCAGUCGCCACUCAGGCAUGUUUCAAGAACGCAGUCCGGGUCCGCAGGCUUGGUGAGCUCGCCGCUAGGUCGCUCUGUUCAACCACCGUCGAGCAUUCCUGCCCAUGUCAGAAGUCCGGCUCAGCAGACUCCGCACUCGUCGCCGCUCAUCAGCCCUGUGCCUGCCGGUACCGCGUCUGCUCAUUUGCCUCGGUCUUCGUCCACACCUACCAUGGAGACCUUGGCAGACUUCAAUUCAUCAAAGCCUAAUCUGAUCAGUCGCGAGUCGACCGAUAGCCAAAAAUCAUCCUCGGGUCUCUUCCCUCACCUCACAUCUGCUGGAGCAACCUCAAACCCGCGCGCGUCCAUAGACAUAAACAUGGUUGAGACGCCGCAAGCGGUAAUAAGAGCAGACUACACCGAUACCACUCUCCCGGUCGAGGCGCAACAAAGACUGGCUGUGCUGGCUGCCCACAUUCAAGAAACCCCGUCGUCGUAUGAAGCCCACAAGGAAAUCAUCAAAAUCCUGCAUCAGGGUUUUGUCGACCACAUCUAUCCCUCUUCUAGUCCGAACGCUCACGGAGAUCCUCGAAAAUAUGACCUCCUCGCUGACCUUCGGCGAGCCCGUGAGAACCUGGACAAGCUUUUUGCAGUUGGCGAGGAACAGUGGCUGGACUGGCUUCAAGAUGAGAGUAUCCUUGCACAGACAGCGGACGAGCGAGUGGCUGUCGUGGACAAGUGUAGGCGCGCAGUGACGGAGGAGUACGGUAGCACUCGACUGUGGACGACUUACGGUGAUUGGGUCUCGUACUGCCACAAAUGGGCCCUCGACUCAACCGGGGACGCCCAGGGCGACGUCGACACCGAACGAUUGAUUGGCCGCGAGGUCUUCGACUGGAAUAUUGUCUUGGAUACAUGGACUGAAGCCGUCGAACGAACAAAGCAUGACAUGAGCCGUAGUCAUGAGGUCUGGAACAAGUACAUGACUGUCCGUUUUGGUGACGUCAGUCAAAAAUUGUCCUCGAGCGAUGCCACUGCUGUUCUUGAAUUGUUCGAAACCCGUUUACGCAUACCGCAUGCUGAAUGGCAGCAGACCUUCCAGGCAUUCUCAACCUUUGUCUCUGCCAAUGUACCAGCAGAUCAGUACGAGGAGAUCAUGGCGUCAAACCUCAGAGACUCUGCCAAUGCCAAGAAGAUAUGGAAUGACAGAGAUGCAUUGGAGAUGAAUCUGGCGGAGGCCCAAACCGCCGGAGACACUGCUUUUGAAUACCAAGCUUUCUCGAAAUAUAUCGAGUGGGAGCGUGCAGAGGAGGACAAGCCACGGACGCAGCGGAAAGGUCGGGGCAAAAAAGCGCAGGAGGUUCGAAACCCGUUCUUCGACAUGGUUGACGCUCUUUACGAACGUGCGGAACUUCGCUUCCCCUCGGUGCCUGCAAUCUGGGAAGAACAUAUCGACUAUCUGAUCGAGAAGUCGAAGCCGGGUUUGCGGGAUGUCUUGGCUCGAGCCACGAAACACUGUCCGUGGUCUGGGUCGCUGUGGAAACAGUACAUGUUGACCUCCGAACUUGCAGAAGAACCAUUCGAUGAAACCGAGAAGAUCAAGCACAAGGCCACCAGCACUGGGCUUCUGGACGCCGCAGGCAUCGAGGAGGCCCUGGUCGUUCACGAUGCGUGGUGUGGCUAUCUCUUGCGGCGGACCAGACGCCCUGAUGCUAUUGAAGAGGAUGCCGAUGUUGCGGAAAUGGGAAUUCGGUCGUCUAUCGAGGCCGUGCAUAGCCUGGCUUCGAAGUUGGGAAUUGGAAGCGCAUUUGAUCCUUCAUUCCGGCUACAGCGAAAAUACGUCGAAUACCUCAAGUCCCAGCGCCGACUCGACAAUGCAGGUGCACAGUUCAACGACGCUGUGGCUGACUACGGCAAGUAUUACAAGUUCUGGCUGCGCUACUAUGAGUUUGAAAUGCAGAAAUCCAUGCAAAUUGCCUUGCUCCAACGACCAGGACCCGACCGACUGGACACGCUCUCCUCCUCCCCUUUCGCGGUGGGAGUUCUGAAACAAGGGCUCCAGCAUCCCGGCCUGGACUACCCAGAGCCACUCGUGGAAGCACUGUUGAAUCACUGCGAGGACUAUGAGGAUGCAGAUGAACUGCAAAGCGCCGUCAGUCUGGUACGGAAAGUUCAGAAAGAGCUCACAGCAAAGCGGCAACGAGAAGUCCUUCACGCAGCCGAGGUCGCCGCGCAAAGGGAACAGGCCGAAGAGGGAGUUGCUCAUCGGACACAGGAGGUCGCCAAUGGUCUCCACAUCGGGAAGCGCAAGCGAGACGAAGAGGUGGAGGAAGAAGAGGCCAAGAAAAGACAACGGAACGAAGAGCCUGUGGAACCGUCGGUUGAACCGGAUCGACCUCCCCCCGAAGACUUGAAACGCGAUCGCGAACACGCCAGCGUGCUUGUGCAGAACAUCCCACCUAAUGUCAGCGAAACCAAGAUCCGGCAGUAUUUCAGCAGCUGUGGAACCGUCAAGCAGGUGAAACUCUUACAAGACGAGGAGAACAGUGUCAUUGUGGAGUUUGAAGAUGCCGAUGCGGCUUCUUUCGCCCUCUCCCGAGAUGGACGUGAGUUUGAAGGCGCGGAGCUUUCUGUUAUCCUCAACACGGGAUCGACGCUGUUUGUCACGAAUUACCCUGCCGCCGCCGAUGAAUCGUAUAUCCGUAACCUGUUCCGUUCGUACGGUGAGAUCGUCAACGUCCGCUUUCCUUCUCUUCAACGCAAUAAGAAGCGGAGGUUUUGCUACGUCGAGUUCAAGCGACCUUCGGACGCGCAGGCUGCGACCGAGCUGGACGACAAAGACAUUGAUGGGUUGAAAUUAGUCGCCAAAAUCUCGAAUCCGAUAGUACGACAGCCGAGAAAGGAGCGGGGCAACGACGGGCGUACGGUCUUCAUUGGUCAGCUACAGUUCAAGGCCACCGUCGAGGACGUUGAAAAGCUCGUUUCCAAAUAUGGGACUGUCGAGCAGCUCCGACUUCCCAAGGAUCAGAAAAACGCCUCUAGAAACCGGGGUAUUGCUUUUGUGACGUUUGCUCGUCCAGAGGAAGCACAGGCAGCUCUGGCCAUGCAUGGCGAGGAGUUCCAGGGCCGGAAACUCACCGUCAAUGUCACAUCUGACCGGGACGGCCGGUCCGCCAAGAGCAUCAACGGACGAUCGAAAUCUCCGUCUCUGCAGCCGGACGCUACCUCCGACACCGCGAGUGUACCAAAGACUGUGGAUCCAGACACGAGAGAGGACCGUCGUGAGCGGACUGUUGUCAUUUGUGAUGUCCCCGACAUUGUGAACGAAAGCCGCAUCAAGUCUGUGGCGGAGAAGAUUGGUCCUGUGCGCAAAGUCACCCUGAAGACCAAUCAUUCGGGCGCUUUCAUUGAGUUUCAGAAUAUCCCAGAUGCUGGGCGAGCGAUGAUGGAGCUCGACAACCUGGAAAUCACUCCGGGCCGCCACAUUCGCGUCACCACGGAGAAGGACAUGCUGCAGCAAAAGCCGGAACACAAGACAGAACAGUUUGCUCGACGCCCUGCUCCAAACGCUGCUAAGCCUACCAGUGGCCCGAUCAAACGCCCUGCACAGCCAGGUGUUCGGAAGAAGGGAGGACAUUUGGGCCAGAGGUCAAUCGCUUUACACGCCGCGAAUGAGAAGGAGAGCUCGAGUGCAGCAGACACAGAGAAAGAAAGCGGAAAGAAGACUAAUGAUGACUUCCGAAACAUGAUCAACCAGAGCUAG